AUGGCUAUCCCAUCGUGUUGCUUGAAAGCCUUCGAAUGGGACGGCACGCCUACGGGCCGAACCGACAAGCUUGCCAACAAUGACGUCUACAUCGCCGGCGACAACCCUGAUGCCGCGAUCAUCAUCAUCCACGACCUUCUAGGCUGGACUUUUCCCAACGCACGCCUCCUAGCGGACCACUACGCUCGCGAAGCCAAUGCGACGGUUUACCUGCCAGACUUCUUCGGCGGUUGGAUUGUACCCUUUGAGCCGGUGCUCCAGGGCCGAUGGCACGAGUUGGACCUGUCGAGUUUUGGAAGGGACAAUUCACGGGAGAUUCGAGAGCCUGAAAUCACCAACUUCGUCAAGGAGCUUCGCAAGAAGCACAAGAAAGUCGGAGCUAUCGGGUUUUGUUAUGGGGGAUGGGCGGUGUUCCGCCUAGGAGCCAAAGAACAUAGCCCCCCGUUGGUCGACUGCAUCGCGACUGGCCACCCUAGCUUGCUGACCAAGGAGGACAUUGAUGGCGUCGGGGUUCCAGUGCAGCUGUUGGCUCCCGAAUUUGAUGUGCAGUUCACUCCCGAGCUCAAGUCGCAUUAUUUCGAAACUAUGAUGAAGAAGGGUGUGCUUUUUGAGUAUCAUCACUAUCCCGGCGUUGAGCAUGCUUGCUUGACUAGAGGAGAUCCCGGAAAGUCUGGAGAGAGGGAGGCGAUGGCUCUGGCAAAGUCAGCUGCGGUGAGAUGGUUUAGUCAACAUUUGCAUUGA